AUGGCAACCGGAUAUUCACUCACUACGCAUUAUGCCGGCCAGGGGCUGCUUGAUAGCUUCAGUUUCUUUACCGGGAACGAUCCCAGCCAUGGCUUUGUUGAUUAUCAGAGCAAAGAGGACGCUUUGGCUAAGAAUCUAGUUUCUGUCGAGAACGAUUACAAUAGCGUGAGACUCGGCGUUGAUUCAAACAAUACAUAUUCGACUAGCGAUAAGGGGCGACCUAGCGUACGACUGACGAGUGAUGAUGCGUUUACUCACGGUCUUUUUAUUGCGGAUAUCUAUCAUAUGCCAGCAUCGACAUGCGGCACUUGGCCUUCCUUCUGGGCUUUCAAUAACGAAGACAACGGAGCGGAAUGGCCUUUGGGAGGCGAACUAGAUAUUAUAGAUGGCGCUAAUACCGCUCAACGAAACUUAUACUCUGCUCAUACAUCUCCCAGCGCUGGUUUCACUGGGGAGCAAGGUCGAGCAAACUGUUCGCCGACGCUUGAUAACAUCGGCUGUUAUACUGUAUCCCCUCCAUCUGAUACUACUUCAUACGGCGACGCCUUUAACGCUGAAGGGGGUGGAGUGUACGCUCUUGAGUGGGAUUCUGAAGACCUGAAAUUAUGGCAUUUCCCACGCUCUAUAAUCCCCGAUAACAUCGUGUACGCUCACGUCGUAGGACCUGAUCCAUCGACAUGGGGACCACCACACGCUGUUUUCGGCGGCUCUUCUUGCAGUCCUGAUGAAUACUUCUUCAACAUGAGCCUCGUACUAAAUAUAAACUUCUGUGGCGAUUAUGCAGGCAAAUUCUGGGGUAAAGCUGACCAGUGCAACCGUCUCGCCCCUACGUGUGAGGAAUUCGUUGCUGAGAAUCCGGAUAGUUUCCAAAGCGCUUACUGGGAUAUCAAUUUCAUCGACGUAUAUCAAAUGGGACCGUUGUCAGACCUGACGAUACCGCCCCUUUCCACCAACACCACACCCUCGAGUAUCUCAUCAACAUCCAGCGUAACAGAGGCACCAACCGGCGUAGCCCCAACUCAUACCCGCACCAUCACGCUAUCCACAGUAAAACCUACCGAGACCGGUGGCGCCCCGAUAAAUCGCAGGGACAUUAACGACCACACUCUUCUCGGAUGUUUCCAAUCACACGAGAACUUCAAAUCAUUCUCACGAGUUAUAUCGGCGGCAGAUAUGGACAACAGAGCCUGCGUAUCUGCUUGUGCUGGACACAAGUAUGCUGGUGUACGGGGCGAAACGUGCUACUGCGCCGAUACACUUGGGGGAUCAAGCGGAGUUGAGAACGAGCGAUGUAAUACGCCAUGUCCUGGAAACGACCACGAAAUCUGCGGCGGCCUCAUCGACUCGCCUAGCUACUCUCUUCUAACGAACUCCUCCGCAUCGGCAUCUAAGCCCCACCACCAUACCACUAUAGACGAUAUCCUACUCACAGUCUACGGAAACCUAUCCAACGACCCGGCGCCUCCGGCCGCACCCGCAAUGGGCGGCAGCCACUACCACCCCUCAGCAAAGCCAGCACACAACGCGACGGUGACAACCGACGUAACUAUAACAUACACAACCGUAUGUGCCUCAAACCCAGCAAAACUGAUCGAAGUGGAAUACCACACGACAGUAACAUACGCGCCAUGCACCUGCACCAAAUCCCAGCCCAACCCAGCCUACCCAACGACCAAGGUCCUUCCCCCAGCAGCGCUCGCCGCCAUACCCAUGAAGAUGUACAAGACAACGUGUCGAGCAUGCGGUCCGCACGGCGAGAGUACCGUGACGUUGACCGUGCCGAAAGCCGUGUACACAUCUAAGGUCGUCGUUACUGCUACGGCCGUGCAGACAGUCAUUCCUCUCGUCAGCAACGGAACUUAUCUCACGAACGCGACGACCGCGGCCGUGGCGAUGGCUACUGUUACUCCUCCACCCCCACAUAGUCCUCGGCCCAGCAGCAUUAACGUAACGCCCCUCGUAGCCGCCGCCCCUCCUCGCAGCGAGACUUUUAGCGCUGCGCAAAUCGUUGGCUGGGGCGUGGUAGCGUGGUUUGGUAUAUUUGGGAUUAUGCUUAUCUUAUGA